CAUGACCACCAAACAAGCCAAGAAGAAAGAGGUGCAUGGUAUCACUUCGGUGCAUAGCUCGGAUAAAUCUAAAGAUCAGUACUCUUUUGGUAGUAAUACACAAAGUACUGUUGAACAGAAGAAGUGGAAAUUCCCAAUCUGGCCAGAAUGGAAUGAAAUUGACAUAAAUACAGAAAAGUGGGAUGCAGGCAAAAUUGGAAAAGAAAAAGACAAAGCAGGAAAAAGCCCUGUAUUUCAUUGUUUUGAAGACCCUGAAGGCAAGAUUGAAUUACCGCCAUCACUGAAAGUUUAUUCCUGGAAACGUCCACAGGAUUUUUUAUUGAAUCGGGUUCCAGUAGUUGUAAAGAAUGAAACCCAGUUUGACUUGUUUUCAGUAAAUGAACAUUUACUCUGCAGUGAGUUGAUGAGAUGGAUUAUCAGCGAAAUCUAUGCAGUGUGGAAGAUAUUCAAUGGGGCUUUUCUGAACAAUAAUUUUAAAGGGACUACAGGGGAACCUCCUCUUCCCAUCUGGAAGCCCUGGGAACACAUUUACUCUCUGUGCAAAGCCGUGAAGGGUCACAUGCCUUUGUACAAUAGCUAUGGAAAGUAUAUUGUGAAACUUUACUGGAUGGGUUGCUGGAGAAAGAUAACCAUUGAUGACUUUCUGCCUUUUGAUGAAGAUAACAAUCUAUUGCUUCCAGCUACAACUUGUGAACUUGAACUCUGGCCAAUGCUUUUGUCUAAAGCUAUCAUUAAGCUGGCAAAUGUUGACAUCCAUAUAAUAGAGAAGAGAGAGCUGGGAGAGUCCACCAUUAUUCAUGCACUUACAGGAUGGCUACCGGAAGUCAUUCCUCUCCACCCGCGAUAUAUGGACAAAGUUUGGGAGCUCUUGAAAGAAAUAUUGCCUGAAUUUAAGCUGACAGAUGAAUCCAACUCUGAAAGUAAAAUAACAGAGGUAGAUAGCAAAUUAAAAGAUACAGGAAAAGAAGUGAAUUAUGGGAAAGAAGUGAAUUAUGGGAAAGAAGUGAAAGAUGGCAAAGAAAUGAAAGAUGGCAAAGAAGUAAAAGAUGGCAAAGAAGUGAAAGAUGGCAAAGAAUUCAAACCUGAGCCUUCAGUUACAACACUAAAAUCACUUGAAAAAAGUGACAAAGUUCCAAAGGAGAAAGCAGAUACAAAAGACAUUGGGAAGAAGAAGAGUAAAGAUGGAGAAAAGGAAAGAGAAAAAUUUAAAUGGUCAUUUCACGGUUCCAGACCCUCAUCAGAAGUCCAGAACUCUUUGAUGUCUCUGUCAGACUGUUCUUCAGGAAUACAGUCCCCUCACAUGGUUGUAUAUGCUACCUUUAUUCCUCUCUAUUUGUUUGAAAAGAGGAUCUUUUCACUAGAGAUGAUGACCACUUCUGCUGAGAAACUCAGAGAAUAUGGCCUGUCCCACAUCUGCAGCCAUCCCGUGCUGGUCACCAGGACCAGGUCCUGCCCACUCAUAGCACCACCAAAACCACCACCAGUGCCUGCCUGGAAACUCAUUCGUCUAAAAAGGGAAACUGUGAUAACAGCUGAACCUCAAGAAAUAAUACAAAAGAAGCCUGAACAGUUUCUUGAAAUAUCAAGUCCAUUCUUGAAUUUUAGAAUGACUCCAUUUACAAUUCCAACAGAAACUCAUUUAGUACAAUCUGUUAUUAAGAAAGGGAUGCCUCCAGGAUCUGGUUUAUCUUCCGUUCCGGAAAAUGAUGAGACCUGUACCCAGUCAGAUGUAAGUCAAGUGACAGGAACUACAUCUCCGGGCAAUGUUUACUCCCAAGUUAUACAUGGAAAAGAUGAAAUGAUAGACCUUACAUUGAAUGACUCAUCCCAUCCAGUUGAUGGAUUGAGUUUGGAAAGAGAUCUGGUCAGCCUGACAACAACACUGGAUAAAUCACAGGAGGAAGUUACAGAUAUGAAUACUAGUGUUACUAAAGAAAUAUGGUUAGAUUUUGAAGACUUCUAUGCAUGCUUUCAAAAUCUAUAUAUUUUCCACAGGCCAAGUUCAUAUUGCUUUAACUUUCAAAAGUCAGAAUUCAAGUUCUCAGAUGAGCGUGUAUCCUACUAUCUCUUUGUGGAUAGUCUAAAACCUAUUGAACUACUCAUUUGCUUUUCUGCGUUGGUACGCUGGGGAGAAUCUGGAGCUCUUACUAAAGACAGCCCCCAGAUAGAGCCUGGACUACUUAUAGUUGAAACAUUUUUUUGGAAAUCUGUGAAGCCACGUGACAUCAUUCUGAAGAUUCAUACUUAUAAUACCAAGGCAUCUAUGGUUCGCCUGCCUAUUGGGAGGCAUUUGCUGCUCCUCACGGCGUACUCGCCCAUCGGGCACUCCUUACACGUCUGCAGCAUGGUGAAUUUUGUCAUCGGGGAUGAGGAUGUGGUGCUGCCCAACUUUGAGAUGGAGAGCUACCGAUUUACAGAGCAGGCUCUCACAAUUUUGAAGGCUGUUGGAAAUGUGAUUGCUAAUUUCAAAGACAAGGGCAAACUUUCUGCAGCGCUGAAGGACCUACAGACAGCCCACUACCCUGUGCCCCUCCACAACAAAGAGCAAACUGCACAGCACUUCAGGUUUUUUCACACUUCCUUAUGGCGUUUAAUGAAAAAAGCUCAAAUAACGAAACCUCCUUCAUACUUUAAAUUUGCAUUCCGUGCUAUGGUUUUGGACUUGGAUGCACUCGAUUCCUCCUUGGAAGAGCCUUCUAUAGCAGAAUUAGCUGAUGUGAAAUAUUUCAUACCAGUAAGUGAUAAAGAGACAAUAGCAGCAGCAAUUAAAAUUCAAGCCAUGUGGAGAGGGACUUAUGUGAGAUUGCUUAUGAAAGCUAGAACACCAGACACAAAGGAAAAUGCUAGUGUUGCAGAUAUUCUUCAAAAAGUUUGGGCUACAUUGGAAGUUAAUAUAGAUCAGUAUGCAGUUUCGCUCUUAAGACUAAUGUUUAAAAGCAAGUGCAAGUCUAUUGAAUCUUAUCCAUGCUAUCAAGAUGAAGAAACUAAGAUUGCUUUUGCUGACUAUACUGUAACUUACACAGACCAGCCACCAAAUAGUUGGUUUAUAGUAUUCAGAGAAAUAUUUUCGGUUCAUCAAGAUAUGAUUUUGGUUCCCAAAGUAUAUACUACAAUUCCAGUCUGUAUGCUCCAUGUUGUUAAUAAUGACACAAUGGAACAAGUGCCAAAGCUAUUCCAAAAAGUGGUGCCUUAUCUUUAUACCAAGAAUAAGAAAGGAUACACAUUCGUGGCUGAAGCAUACACUGGUGACUCAUAUGUAUCCGCCUCACGAUGGAAACUGCGUCUCAUUGGUUCUUACAACCCACUCCCAAGCCUCUCUCGAGAUUUUCCAUGCAGCACUUUUGCCAUAAAAGAAAUCAGAGAUUACUAUAUACCCAAUGAUAAGAAAAUUGUAUUCAGGUAUUCAGUGAAAGCUGUAUUACCACACCUUGUUACAAUCCAUGUACGUGUGUCCAAGCCAGAUGCCUUCAUCAAGCUACAGAUUCUAGAGAGUGAAGAAAUUGUCAUUAGUGCCACCGGGAAAGGCCAAGCCAUAAUCCCAGUAUUUAGCUUCUUGGGGAAUGAAAAAGUUCUGAGCUCCCAGUCUAGUAAGCAAAUUCUUUUACUUCAUACUCCAUCCAAGAAAGAUCAAGAAAUGUAUGGUAAGAAGAAAAGUGCCCAGGGAAGCCAGAGAGGCAAUAAAAGUAGACCUGGAAGUGCAAUAGUAGACAGCAGUCAGCUUAUUUUGGAAGAGGAAACUGUUAACACGCCCGCCCUAGACGAAAAUGCUGGCAUAUCACAGCAGACUUACAAGUAUAUUAUACAGUGUUUGGUAUUGUAUAACAGUUGGCCUCUCACUGAAAGUCAACAGAUGUUUGUUCAAGCACUAAAAGACUUGGAGAAAAAUGACAUCAAAGCUCAUGGAGAGAGACAUGAGGAAUUAAUUUCCUUGGGAAUCCCAGAUUCCCAUUUUAUUAGUGAGGGGCAAAAAUCUUCAGGAACAUCCAAAGCAACAAGGAAAGGCAAAGAAAAGUCUUCUGAGAGAGAAAAGACAGCCAAAGAAAAACAAGCACCUCGCUUUGAGUCUCAGAUACCCACUGCACACUCCCAGCAAGAAGACCCAAAUAAACCCUACUGGAUUUUGAGGUUGGUCACUGAACAUAACGAAGCAGAAUAUCUUGAAGUGAAAAAAGAUACAGAACGAGCAGAUGAGAUCCGAGCUAUGAAGCAAGCCUGGGAGAUGGCAGAGCCAGGAAGAGCCAUCAAGGCUUAUCAGGCUCGUCUGCAUUACCUCAGCCGGUUCAUUAAGAAAACACCCGAUGCCGAGAGCGUGCCGCCAAUGCCUGUGCCUCUGUCAGAAAGCCACUCGCGAGGAGUGGAAGAAGAAACAGCUAUAAGUUUUGCAAAAGAGCCAGAAACAAAGAUUUUGGAGCCCAGAGAACCAAUGCAACAGGGGAGUGUGCUCUGGAAGAAGUGGCAAAUGACCAAGAGCUUAAAGGAUCUGACCAAAACGGUAAUGGGUGAGAUCGGAGGGAAAGAGGAGCCUGAGCUGCUGCGGAAGGAAAACUGGAAGAUGACUACCCGAUCUCAAUCAUUUUUGGAAAUGUCUCCACGACUUAUUCAAAAGGCGCUAGAAGAUCUAGAUAUAAAUCAAUAUGUACGGAAAACAAACACUGAGCCUUUGCUGCAAACAGAUGACCUGAAUCAGCAGCAGGCAAUGCAAAAGGCUGAGGAGGUUCACCAGUUCCGACAGUAUAGGGCCAGGAUCCUUAGCAUUCGAGACAUUGACCAAGAAGAACGGGCUAAACUGCAGGAUAAAGGCCUGGAGAUGUAUGCAGAAAUGUGGGACACCUUAGAUGAUGCCCGUCAAAAGAUCUUCACUAUUCGGGAAGAGUAUAGAAACAAGAUGCUGGAGGCUGAGCGCCUGAGGUUGGAGGCUCUGGCUGCAGAGGAAGCAGCCAUGCGGGCAGAGACAGCAAAGAAGAUCUCCUCAGUCCAUGAGAAAGACAAGAAAAAGAAAGGAAAGAAAAAGUAACCAGGGGAUACACAACACCACCUUUCUUCUGAAAAAGGAAAACCUAUUUUUCAUUAUCUAUAACUUUUCCUGUUGACAAAAAAUAA